AUGUACUCCCUCAUGCAGGCUCUGAGCACGCUUGGCUGGGCUGGUUUCGAGUGGACCCUCUGGAUCACCCAGAAUAUCUGUAAAUACUUUACAUUUCGGGAGGGUGGCCCCGAGUGGGAGCAGCCCCAUCCCUCUGCAUCCUGGAAGGAUGACUGGGGUCAGCAGCCUGCAUCUGGGGGAUCCUUGAGUCUAGAGGUUGCGGGGUGCGAGGAGGAGUUUCCUAGAGGCUGCGGAGUCCCUGCCGUCCACCCCAUGCUGAGUGGCCUGUCCAGGACCAUCAACGGGGAGGACGCUGUCCCCUGCUCCUGGCCCUGGCAGGUGUCCCUGCAGGCCAGCACCGGCUUCUACUUCUGUGGGGGCUCCCUCAUCAGCGAGGACUGGGCGGUCACCGCCGCCCACUGCAGUGUCACGACCUCCCACCAGGUCAUGGCCAGCGAGUUCGACCAGGGCUCACAUGAGAAUGUCCAGGUCCUGAAGAUUGCCAAGGUUUUCAAGAACCGCAGUUACAGCUCACUCACAAACCGCAACGAUGUCGCCCUCCUGAGUGCUUCGUCCGCCUGCCUCUCAAACACCAUGUCCCCUGUUUGCCUUCCCAGCGCUGAUGGAGGCUUCCCCGCGGGGACACUGAGCGUCACCAUGGGCGGGGGCAAGACCAAGGACACCACCAACAAGACCCCCGACAGGCUGCAGCAGGCGGUCCUGCCCCUCCUGUCCAACGCCGAAUGCAAGAAGUACUGGGGCACCAAGAUCGCCAACGUGAUGAUCUGCGCUGGCGCCAGCGGCGUCGCCUCCUGCAUGGGCGACUCUGGCGGCCCUCUGGUCUGCCAGAAGGAUGGAGCCUGGACCCUGGUGGGCAUCGUGUCCUGGGGCAGUUCCGUCUGCUCCACCUCCACGCCUGCCGUGUACCGUGUCACAGCGCUCUUACCUUGGAUUCAGCAGACCCUGGCUGCCAUCUGAGCCCGUGGCUCUUGCCAUCCCAACUCCGAGACUCCCCAGUAAAAGCAU